AUUGUGACCCAUUUACGUACAGCUCAAAUUGGAAACGAGGACAAACGGGAGAACACAAUUCACACCUUAUGAGCCUCGGUACAUCUGCUGCUACAGAGCCGAUUUCCUUUAAACCAGUCUUUUUUUUAAAGUUGACAUGAACUAUAUUCAGCACACCGAAGAUAGGAUCCGUGUCGGGUUGACUUCCCUUAAUGUCACGACAUUGAAAAUAUACUUACACCACUUCUGUCGUUGCUGCUGCUAGUGGUUUUAACCAUUCUAGUCGUAAAUUUGCUGAACACUGCGGUUUGUCUUUCCCCUAGCUACCUCUACGCAGAUAAACCUCGUCUACAGCUGUCUUUUAGUCAAACUGCUGUCUGAGUGAAAUGGAACAGUCCUGUUUUAAAGAGACAUAUUUGAAGAUUGGAACUUUGCUUGUAUUUUCGUUGAUUUUCUCAUUGGAUUCAUGCACUGCUCAAAGACAAGUGAAAUUACAAGAAGGGCCCCUAGUCCGGGCUGAGGGUCACCACAUCACAAUUCAAUGUGAUGUGAGCGGGUAUCAGGGAUCAUCAGAGCAGAACUUUGAGUGGUCCGUCUUUCGUCCAGAUAAGCCUACACUGAAAAUCCAGAUUAUCAGCUCAAAUGAUCCUGAGUUCCCUUAUGCUGUGUUUGGAGAAAGAGUGCAAAAGAAUGACAUCUACAUCGAAAGGAUUAAAGGAGACUCUGUGUUGUUACACAUUACAAAGCUGCAGAAAAGUGAUGAAGGGAUGUAUGAGUGUGCCACUCCCAGCACAGACAAUGCAUACUGGGGAUCCUAUAGUGCCAUGAUGAACUUGACAGUUGUUCCAGAUACGCUUAGUGCAACAUUGGCACCCCAAACCCUGGAUAAAGUUGAAGGUGACUCCCUGGAAUUGAUCUGUGAAGUAUCUAAAGAAACAUCACAGCACACACACGUGGCUGUCACAUGGUACAUACAGAAGGGAGAUCAGAAACUCAUGGUCAUCUCUCUGACAAGAGAUUUCAUCAUACGUUCUGGAGAUUCGUAUAAGCAGAAAGAGGCGGCAGGAGAUGUACAACUGGAUAAGAUUGGUGUGACUUCAUUCAAACUCACCAUCUCCAAACUACAGCUGUCAGAUCAAGGAAAUUAUUAUUGUGAAGGUGCAGAGUGGAUUCAAGACAUAGACAAAUCCUGGUAUGGCCUGUCUAGUAAAAAUACUGAAAAUACCACAGUGAAUGUUAAGAGCAUAGGUAACCAGUUUCUCGCACUGAUUAAAGCCACUGAAGUCAACAUUAAUGUAGGUGGCACAUUGGAGAUAAUCUGCACAAUUGAAGCUCAGAAUUUCCCAGAUCGUUUCUUCUCCGUUGCCUGGUUCUUAAACAAUAGAGAAAUAAUCCGUUUUGGAUCAAAUGCGGUACCAUCCUUUCACGGGGAAUAUAAAAUGAGAGAGAGCUUGGGAAAAGUGAUGGUCCAUAAGAAAAGUGACAGGGUUUAUGUUCUGAAAAUAUAUCAGAUUCAAGUGGAAGAUGGUGGUACAUAUCACUGCCAAGUGGAGGAGAAUGAGAAAGUAUCAUCUGCAGCAUUCUCAACUAAUAAAUCCAACGAGAUCACAAUCACUGUUCAACGACCACAAGCCAACCUCAAAGUGUUAAUCAACAGUAGUGUGACUGAAGUUUUGGAAGGUGAUUUAGUUCAGUUUGCCUGUGAUAUUCAUUCAGCAAGUGCAGCCUAUGGACAGCUCUCUAUUACUUGGCAAAUCAUAAACAACCAGAGCCAACACAGUGACAUAAUUGGAAUGAACCGAGAUGGUAUUCAGGUUACUUCCCAGCCUUACCAGGAGCGUGUAAUCAACAGUGACAUCAGAAUGGCACGAGUGAAAUCAAAUACCUUCACAUUGGGCAUUUAUAAUGCCCAGACUUCAGAUCAAGGACACUAUGCUUGCAAAGUGAUGGAAUGGGAAAUAGAAUCUGAUGGAAACUGGCACCUAAUUGGAGAAUAUGUUAGUGACAAGAGGGCAGUAACUAUCAAAUCCCUUGAAAGCAACUUUAAGGUUACGGCAAUCACCCGGACACCAACUGUGAAAUACUAUGGUACAUUUGAACUCCAGUGUAUCAUUAGGCCGAUAAAUAUUACCCAUGUGCCAGCAUCUGUAUCCUGGAAAUUCCAACCAGCCAAUUCUAAUGACAGUUACAACCUUGUAACUUUCACCCAUGAUACCGCGAUUAAGUGGGGGAACAUAGCAGAGAACUUCAAAGGAAAGAUGAUUGUAGUGAAAUCUGUGUCCAAUGCUGUCCGGUUGAGUGUUUCAAGGGCCAGUAAAUUGGAAGCUGGGAAGUUUCUAUGUAUUGCAGAAUUAUGGGGAAGGCAUAAUCCAAACAAAUGGGUCAAAAAAGCCAGUGCAACAUCAAACAUCCUGGAAGUAAAGGUUGGACCCCCAGCUUGUCUCUUACAGCUUACUAAGCAAGUUACCACGAUAUAUAAAAGAAUCAAUGACAUCACUGAACUUGAAUGUAAAAUUUUAGCUCGAACUCAAAACGAUUCCCAAUUCUCAGUCAUGUGGCUCUUCAGUAAGCCACAUGGACCAAACGUGAAAGGGGAAAAUCUUCUGAACGUUGAUCGCAACAGUAUUGUCCAGUACUAUGGAGAAUUGCUUACUAAUUCUCAGAAGAAAAUGAAAUUUCAGGAUGAGAAGCCCUCCAGUGAUGUGUACAAGUUGAUGAUACAGAAAACUGAUGUAAAUGACAGUGGAAAUUACUACUGUCACGUAACAGAGUGGCUCUUGGAUCCCAACAACAUCUGGUAUAAAGUGGGAGAGGAUACAUCAGCAAUGACAAUUGUGCAAGUGCGUACAGCAGAUGCAAACCUACAAAUCAGUAACAAUAACUCAACUCUCUCAAUAAAUGAGAACACUGCUGUCGAACUUGAAUGCCAGAUCAUUAACCAGACACAGAGACAAUCACAAUUUUCAGUCACAUGGUACUUCCAAAAUGAUAAUCCAAACACCAAGGAGACAGCACUUCUCAAAGCUGAUCGAAAUAAUAUCCUGCAAUAUUUUGGAGAUCUGCAGGUAGAUCCUCAGAAAAUGAUGAAAUUCCAAAGUGUGAAGACCUCCAGUAACACCUACAAAUUGAUAAUACAGAAGGCAGCGCAGAGUGACAAUGGUGUUUACUUCUGUGAUGUGGAAGAAUGGGUCUCUGGCACCCAGAAUGAAUGGGUUCUACAAGGACAUGCUCGCUCUGGAUCAAUAAUUCUUCAAGUUCAGACACCAGGUGCUACUCUUCACUCAAAGGCUUGUGCAUCGUCCUCUCUCUUCUACUUCAUAUUUAUCUAUCCAUUUAUAGUCAUUAUAGCUCUUAUCAUCGUUGCACUUUAUUUUUAUUUGAGGCCAAAGAAACCACAGAAACCUAUUAAUGAAAAGAGCUUUUGGACACCGAUAGAAACAUUCAUUGACGAUCCUAAGAGUGAAGAAGAAGAAAAUGUAAAAUAGCACUUCAAUUUUUUAUCUUUGCAACUCUCUAUUGUUGCUAUGGGAACUGUGACCUAAUUGGCAGCAAGAUAUCACUUGUGGGGAAAUAUUCAUAGUGGUGCCAACCAAACAGAACAUUAAUUUUCAUUUUACUAUAAACUAGACUUUAUAAACUUUGAAAUCACAAGCUUCCAUAGCAUAGUCCCUUCGUCAGAUGAAGAAGGGGCUCUGCUCUGAAAACUUCUGAUUUCAAAUAAACCUGUUGGACUAUAACUUGAUAUUGUUUGACUUCUGACUUUGUCCAUCGCAGUACGGCACCGGCAUCUCCACGUCAUUGAUAAACUUUGAACAAGAAAUGUAUAAAUAUGUUUUCAUUGGUUUUGCAGUAAUUUGCGAGAAAGCCCAGCUUAUCUUCUGCUUCAAACAACUUCACUUCAUUCUUUGCAUGAUUGCAAUCAUUUAAGAUUUAGGAACCUUCUUGUAAUUUUCCGUUCUUGAAUUCAAACUUAAGAUGAACAUCAAUACUUUUUCAUGAAGGUUUCAUUUUCAACCCUUCCCAUGUGUUGAAAUUAUUGCAGCCAAUGCCCCAAAUCUAGAGUACCUGUAAGUGUAAAAAUAACGAAAUAAGCAGAGUGUAAUAUUCUAAAAGCCUAACAGACCAAGCCCUGAAAAGCAAUGCGAUGCUUUCAUAGAAUUUGUGCUCAGGAUUGGACUUGUCAAAACUGCUAUACUAAAUUGCUGCAUCAGCAGAGAAGAAUUAGUUAUUCAGUAUCUGGAAAGUGCAUUGUCGGGGACACUGUAUAUUUAGCGGUUGUUUUGUCACUAGGAUACAAAGUAUUUGUCCAAACCUUGAAGAUAAUGCAGAGCUGUUUACUCUCACUGCAGUGUGAAACCAGAUUCAUUUUAAUUCGUUCAGUCUUAAAAUGAAGUGGCUGAAACAACACCUCUUCAAAUAUAUAAGAGAGUGAAAAGCCUGGGAAAAAGUACAAUGGAAGCACAUCAUUCAAAUCUCACCGACGCCAACAACAAUAGGGAAGAGAAACAUUUGGAAGUUCUAUAUGCAAAAAAUAGCCAAUGUUGGUAAUGUAAUUGAGAGUGCUGGUUUAAUGCUGAAAUAAGGAAUGGUGAUCGUCGGGCUCUAAGCAGACUGUUGGACAUGGGUGAAAUAACUUUCACCAGUCGAAUAUAGCCUGUGACCUCAGGCAUAUUAAUAUUGUUGGCAGAUAGGAGAGAAGCAAUUUAAAAUUUAUUUCUGAAAGAUACUAUCAGAACAUGGCAGGAGACAAGACUUUUUAAAAAUAUACAUCAUGCUAAAGGCCUUAAAUGUGUUGUGAUGAAGGGCAGGAUGGCUCAGUUAUUCAAGCAAUUGUAGUUCAGAGCCAGCCUUUACUGAGACAGUAUUACGUGUAACAGUUUGCAUGUGCGUGCAGUUGGAGUCAGAAUGUUUUUUAAGCUUUUCUGAUGGCAUUUAUUUUGCCAUGCAUGAGGAAGCAGAUUUUUCAAAGAUAAAUCUUAUUUUAGGGGAAUAUGGUAAUAAGGAAGGGAUUCUGAUUUUUAUUAAGGUUUAUACCAGACAUAAGGGAGAUAUCGAAGAGUUUUAUUUUCUCGUUUACAUUGUUUUCAGUAGCUUUUUAGUGUUUAUACCUUUUUUGGCAAUGUUUAGUAUUAUUACAAUUGGGGAAUUUUUGUGCAUAGUCAGGUAUAUUGCAUGCAGAAUGAUCAAACAUUUAAGUAAAUUUCAACCAGCCUCCAGAAUUCAGCGAAACAAGAUUAGACAAUGGGGUAGGAAAAUGAGCUUGAAACAUUUGUUGCAGUACACCAGUUGCAAGGUUACAGGCUCCUCUGCCAGCUUCCAUACCAAUGCAAAACAAAUUAUUGACAAUUGCUUUCUAAAUACUCCAAAGAACAAUGUCGAGCUUUAAGAUGAAAGAAGGCAUGUCAAGGAAGUCUAUGUGAGCUGGCAUUAGAGUGCUAAAGUUCAAACAGCAGUCAUUAAGGGGAAGUAAAGGCCAUAAAAUGUGAGGCUGGAUGAACACAGCAGGCCCAGCAGCAUCUCAGGAGCACAAAAGCUGACGUUUCGGGCCUAGACCCUUCAUCAGAGAGGGGGAUGGGGUGAGGGUUCUGGAAUAAAUAAGGAGAGAGGGGGAGGUGGACCGAAGAUGGAGAGAAAAGAAGAUAGGUGGAGAGGAAAGUAUAGGUGGGAAGGUAGGGAGGGGAUAGGUCAGUCCAGGGAAGACGGACAGGUCGAGGUGGGAUGAGGUUAGUAGGUAGGAGAUGGAGGUGCGGCUUGGGGUGGAACGAAGGGAUGGGUGAGAGGAAGAACAGGUUAGGGAAGCAGAGACAGGUUGGACUGGUUUUGGGAU